UACAAAUUGCCUUGUGGAUAAAAUUGCCUAGUGGAUACCUAUUUGAACAUAAUCCUAUAGCACAUCUCUGUACUUAUUGCAACAUGAGGGAGCUAGGAAUAUUUCUACUGUUGGUGUUUGUCCACCAGGCGUGCUGUCAUCUGUGCCUCAUGUCGCCUAGGCAACGGGGAGACAUGGAUAUCUCCAAGUCUGGCAGCCCAACAUGUACAAGGCACAAGUUACCAUGCGGAGGCCAGCCUAUAGAGACACCAAAAGUGAUGUACGCUCCGGGACAAACUGUUUUCUUCCAAUGGCAGCAAAACUAUAAUCAUUAUGAGCCCGGUUUCCCUGGUUACAUGGACAUAGGAAUAGCCCCUAAUGAGAACAGUACAGAGUUUACAACGCUGACAGUGGUCACAGACAAGUACGUCCAUUCUCAGGAUUACCAGGAAAACUAUACAGCUAUCAUUAAUAUCCCAGACAUGGAAUGUGAGCACUGUGUGAUCCGAGCCCGCUACAAUGCCCACAAACCUGGGGAGACACCAUUCCUUCAGUGUGCCGAUAUCCAAAUUUCCAAAAUGGCCAAAAACACGAAAACUUUAAAACUCUCCAGAAGCCGAUAUGACCAAAGAAAACUGCUACCACUCAAGAGGGCGCUCAAGUUGAAAAAGUUUUACGAUUCAAAGUACAAAACUGAAAAAGAAUCAUCUGGAACUACAUUGUACGGGUUUGCUUACAACCCGUUUGAGCCCCAUAGAAGCCACUACGUUUCUGUUGACACGGUGUCAGGGAAACUUGAAAUGCUCCAGAGUUACGCCUUUGGCCUUGACGAUCCUUCGGGCGGAAGAGACGCAAAAUUCAUUGCUGAUGAGGUCAUUGCGAUCAACAACUGGCGUAACACGUCCACUGUUCUUAUGCACCCCACUGGGACUAGAGAAAUUGCAGCAAGCGUUCCUUACACCAUUGGGUCUCUGAAUGGGAGUCUUGUUGAGUAUGGUGGUUUAUUUGAUUUUGACGGAAAUGCAGUCAACGGCCUGUCAUGGUACACCGACGGCUCAUCCGCUGCCUUCCGGAUACUUCCAUCAGAUAAGGAGGGAUCAUUCAUCUUGGAGGCUGGUAUCCUCUCAAGCUCCAACUAUCAGAAGCGAGCGUCCGUCCCAGAGGGCCUGUAUGUUAACUACCAGUGGCUGGAGACAAACAUGGAUGACUACAAGAAAGUCCAUGCCCUACUCGGCAACGAGAACGCGGCAGAUGAGCUCAAUGCUAGGAUUUACAACUUUGACCUUUUUAAGGGGGACUACUUAGGCUAUGUGGAACUAGAUGUGAGCAGCUAUACGUUCAUGUCCAUGCACUCCUACCCCGGGGCCGGAAAGAUGCUGUAUGCUUUCUCCCCAGGGCUUUGGUUUGAUGAAAACUGGGCGUGGUCUCUGGUUGCCAUAGAAAGCGACUCUGGGAAAGUUACGAAAGCUUGUGAUAUAGCACCAAAAGGAAUAUUUCAGCGUUUUUAUGGUGGUUCAAUUUUCCAAGGGGACAAAAAUCCUGACAGGUUCCUCUACCACGUCUUACGGGUGAUGGACAGCGAGGCGGACUUUGUUGUUGCUGUUAAUCCCAAAACGUGUGAGGUCCGGUUUUCUGAGGUUACAAACCUACGUCAUCUUCACUCGUUACAGCGACCUGUCCCGGCCGCAUGAGAAAGAAGAACAUUUGUUGAUGUUUCUUAUUGUGUUUGAAGUUUAGUAGUCAAAAGAUUUUGUAUUUUCUUAUCUGUGUGUUUUCUUUGAAAUAAUGUGGUUCAGUUGUUAUACAACUCCUAUAAUAUUGCUUUCGCUUCAAUAAAGAUUUGUAAUAAGAAGCUGUUGUACAAGUUCUCUUAAAAUAAA